UAUAUAAAUAUUGUCGUUAUUUUCUCCAUUUUCUCAUUCUCCGAAAUAAAAAAAAAACAAACAGAUCUUACGAUUUGGGGGAGAAAGCGCAAUGAGGACACCGACGAUGCUGCUCCUCUUUGUUGGAGCUCUCAUCUUCUCCGGCGCCGGCUAUGUCAGAUCCGACGCCUCCGACCACCGUUACAAGGAAGGAGAUGUCGUUCCUCUCUACGCCAACAAGGUCGGCCCAUUUCACAACCCAAGCGAGACGUAUCGGUAUUUUGAUCUUCCCUUCUGUAUCCCAGAGGGUGUCAAAGAGAAGAAGGAAGCUCUUGGGGAGGUUCUGAAUGGUGAUCGGCUUGUUAGUGCUCCAUACAAGCUCAACUUCAGAGAUGAAAAAGAGUCUGAAGUAUACUGCAGAAAGAAGCUAAGUAAAGAAGAGGUCACGCAGUUCCGAAAGGCUGUUGAGAAGGACUACUACUUCCAGAUGUACUACGAUGAUCUGCCUAUCUGGGGAUUCAUCGGAAAGGUUGACAAAGAGAUCAAAUCUGACCCUAGCGAAUACAAAUAUUUCCUCUACAAGCACAUCCAGUUUGAGAUCCUGUACAACAAGGACCGUGUGAUCGAAAUCAGUGCCAGAAUGGAUCCUCACUCGCUUGUCGAUCUCACAGAGGACAAGGAAGUCGAUGCAGAGUUUAUGUACACUGUGAAGUGGAAGGAAACCGAGACUCCUUUUGAGAAAAGAAUGGAGAAGUACUCCAUGUCUUCCUCGCUUCCACAUCACUUGGAGAUCCACUGGUUCUCCAUCAUAAACUCCUGCGUCACUGUCCUUCUUUUGACUGGAUUCCUUGCAACUAUCUUGAUGCGUGUCCUCAAGAACGAUUUCAUGAAGUAUGCUCAAGACGAGGAGGCUGCUGAUGAUCAAGAGGAAACUGGAUGGAAAUACAUCCAUGGCGACGUGUUUCGGUUCCCAACGCGCAACUCUUUGUUUGCUGCGUCUCUUGGUAGUGGUACGCAAUUGUUUACACUCACCAUAUUCAUAUUCAUGCUUGCUCUUGUUGGAGUGUUCUAUCCAUACAACCGAGGAGCACUCUUUACCGCUUUGGUGGUCAUUUACGCUCUAACUUCUGGAAUCGCCGGAUACACAUCCGCCUCUUUCUACUGCCAGCUUGAAGGAAAAAGCUGGUUCCAAGCACCGUGCCGCACCACCAAAUAUCCCCGUGAGAUUCCGCCGCUUCCUUGGUACAGAAGCGCUGUUCCUCAGAUGGCCAUGGCUGGUUUUCUUCCUUUCAGUGCCAUCUACAUCGAGCUUUACUACAUCUUCGCUAGUGUCUGGGGUCACAGGAUCUACACAAUCUACAGCAUCCUCUUCAUCGUCUUCAUCAUUCUCAUCAUCGUUACUGCAUUUAUAACCGUUGCUUUGACUUACUUCCAACUCGCUGCUGAAGAUCACCAAUGGUGGUGGAGAUCGUUCCUAUGCGGUGGAUCGACUGGUUUGUUCAUCUACGCCUACUGCUUAUACUAUUACUACGCACGAUCAGACAUGUCAGGAUUCAUGCAAACAUCGUUUUUCUUUGGAUACAUGGCUUGCAUUUGCUACGGAUUCUUCUUAAUGCUCGGGACAGUCGGGUUUCGCGCAGCCCUACUCUUCGUUCGUCACAUUUACCGGUCGAUCAAAUGCGAGUAAGAAAGUCUUUUACACAGAUCAUCUUACGUUGCUUUUCUUCCUCCUCUUCUGCCUCCUUACGAAUUUUGCUAGAACAUAAAGAGAUAGGUUGUUAGAAAGAAGAGAGACACAAGACUGUAUGUCUGAUUAUUUUCUUAAAAAAGCAUCUCUUCUCAUUAGAGGUUUUACUUUAGUUAUUUUUGGCUACAGAAAUUAAAUUACUUGUAUCAUUUUCUAUAUAUUUUUACGUAUUGUAAAAGACGAAAAUACAUUUGCACUGUUUUUUAUUCGAGUUUCUUUGUAUCUAAUAAAUGCCAAACUCUUCUGUUUUCCCUUAACAACACCUCUAAUGAUAGUUUUCUUUGUCAAAUUAAAGAUUAUCCUAUU